ACCAACUUCCUGGGGCGGCGGCCGCGAGACAUGAUGGAAGGUGAAUGGGUGAGCUCCUAGGGGACCGGCUGCGUUGCGUAAAGUACAAAUUGUUGCCGCCGCUCCUUAGAGGUGGCCUAAACGUUCAGGCCGCCGUACGCGCAGAGUGCAGCUGCUGAUGCACGACAGAAACUAGCUGACGCUUUCCAGCAGUAGCAGCUAAACAUGGCGUACAGCGGAAAACCAGGGUUCCCAAAGCUGUUCCUAUCGAUCGUUCCGUACAGUGUUCGCUUCGCUACGCCGAACGAUGCGCCGAGGAAUGGACCGCACGAAGGGGUUCGGUCCCCGACCUGGUUAAGCGCAAACCCAGCAAGUGAUUUGGGAUGCCGUAAGUUGACGUCGUUGAACCGGGCCGACCUUAUAGAGAUCUUGGCCAUCAGAUACGGAGGGUACAACAAGUCUCGGAGCAGCGAAGCGGGCCGCAGCCUGCGCAUGCCAGACUGGACAAGCGUUCACUUGCCGGCAUACGAGAAAGAUUUCUACCGCGAACACUUCAGAACGGCCCUGCGAUCGACGGGAGAAGUGGAGGCCUACCGGAAGGCCAACGAUAUCACUGUUGCAGGACGCGGUGUGCCCAAGCCCAUCCUGCACAUGGACGAAGCCGGCUUUCCGGAACGCAUAACAAAGAUCGUCGAUGCACGCCAGCCUGGAUCGUCACCCACCGCAUUGCAAGCUCAGUGCUGGCCCGUAGCGCUCAGUGGCAGAGACCUUGUGGCCGUGGAUUGCGCCGCAUCGGAAGGGAAGUUACUGGCCUACCUCGUUCCGGCCAUCAUCCACAUACAGCAUCAGCCAGCCAUGCAGCGUGGCGUGGGACCCGUUGUGCUAGUGGUUACGGCGACGCGGGAGGCAGCCCAGCAGGUUCAGAUCGUCGCCCGCGAGCUUAUCGACGGGACAGGGAUCCGAACGGCGUGUCUCGCGUCAGGCGAUCCGAAGAGACCGCAGCUGAAUGAGCUGGAGGAAGGUGCUCAGAUAUGCAUCGCGACGGUAGGCCGCCUCGUAGCCUUCAUGGAGGAGUGCAAGGUGGAUCUUCGCCGCUGUAUGUACCUGGUGCUGGACGAAGUGGACCGCAUGUUGGCAAUGGGCUUUGAUGAGGCGCUUCGCACCAUUGCGGGCAACGUACGACCGGACUGCCAGACGCUCGUGUGGCUGGCAUCCCGAACGAGAAGGGCGGAUCAACUCAUUGAAACGUUGUCGAAGGACUGGGUCACCGUCAGCGUCGGGAUGGCUACCCAGAACGACCAAAACCAACGAGUCGAGCAUGUCGUCUUGAUCUGCGAGAAGGCCGAGAAGAAAGACAAGCUCGUCGCCCUCUUCACGGACGUCCUCCGCGAUGAGAGCGACAGGGUCAUCGUCUUUGUCGAGACGAAGCAAACGGUGGAAGACCUCGUGUCCAGCGUGCGCCCCCUGGGCUGGCCCGCCGUGGGCAUCCACGGAAGGAAGACGGAGCGAGAACGCGACUUGGCGCUCGACGCGUUCCGUUUCGGCAAGGUGCCCAUCUUGGUGGCGACCGACGUGACCGGAAGAGCCCUGGACGCGGCCAACGUGCGCUUCGUUGUCAGCUACGAGUGCCCGAUCAACCCUGAGGAAUACCGGCGCCGCUUCAAGCACGCGGCUCGGCCGGACGGGACGGGUGCAACGUACACGUUCGUGCAACCCGACAACUGCGCACGGGCCAGGGAGCUUAUGUGGUUUCUCCGAGAGGCCAAGCACGAGAUACCCGCGGACCUACGCAAGGUCGCUAAUGCGGUAGCGCGAAAGUAGGCUGUGGAUUACGGCACUCUUCGACUUCGUCGUGCGGUUAGGAGCUUCUGGAAGUCAUUGCCGGAAUCGCCGCCUGUCAUCGACAUCUCCAGACCUACCGUGUGAUGACAGCGAAACAGUGCUCCACACAUUUCGAACCUGCCCACACUCGCUGCUGCUUGAGCCUUCCACGAAAUCCUGCAUGGAAUAAAACGGCAUGCCAUGAACGACCCGUAAGAGCGAUUCUUCGUUUCUUUAGAAACAGCAGAACAAUAAAGUCCGGAUGUGCAGCUUGC